AUGAGAGUCACCACCGGUGUCCCGUUCAGGGCCCCUUUAUGGCCUAUAGUCAUCGCAUUAACCGUCUUUGGUGUUGCUAACCUUAUAGCUGUCUCGGCUAAUCCUUAUAUCUAUUCUUCACCACCACCACCAUAUAUUUACAAGUCCCCACCACCACCGGUGCAUUCACCACCACCACCAUAUCUGUACAAGUCUCCACCACCACCGGUGCAUUCACCACCACCACCAUAUUUGUACAAGUCUCCACCUCCACCGGUGCAUUCACCACCACCGCCAUAUUUGUACAAGUCUCCACCACCGCCUGUUAAGUCACCACCACCACCAUACUACUACAAGUCUCCUCCUCCUCCGGUGCAUUCUCCACCACCACCUACUACUACAAAUCCCCACCACCACCAACAAAGUCUCCUCCACACUAUUACUACAGUUCUCCACCACCACCAAAAUCCUACUACACCCUGUUAUGACUGGAAAUACCCAAUCCAAUCACACGCCAAGCACCACCUCAAAGGUGCUGUUGUCGAAAUUACUUGCAAGGCUGUUGGCCAGAAAGAAAUUUUUGCAUAUGGAAAGACUAAGAUCAAUGGCAAAUAUGCAAUUACUGUUGAGGGUUUGGACUAUUCCAAAUAUGGAGGAGCAAAAGCUUGUACCGCUAAGCUUCAUAUGGCACCAAAUGGAACCAAAUGUAAUAUUCCAACAAAUCUUCAUGGUGGUUUGAAGGGUGCCGUGCUUAUGGUCAAAUCCAAAAAUGCUUAUGAGGUUGUCCUUGAGGCUGAACCAUUUGCAUAUGCUCCUAAGACUCCUUCUACCCUUUGUGAGAAGCCAAAGCCAAAACCAGAGCCCACUCCUUCUCCAUAUUAUUACAAAUCUCCACCACCACCACCACCCACUUACUUAUACAAGUCUCCCCCUCCACCCGUGAAGUCUCCUCCGGUAUAUCACUACACAUCACCCCCACCACCUAAGAAAUCACCACCUCCUCCAUACCACUACACAUCUCCUCCACCGCCGGUUAAAUCUCCACCACCACCAUACCACUACACUUCCCCUCCACCACCAGUGAAGUCUCCUCCCAAGUACCACUACACAUCACCCCCACCACCUAAGAAAUCACCACCUCCCCCAUACUACUACAAAUCGCCUCCACCACCCGUUAAGUCUCCACCCCCACCUUACCAUUACACUUCACCACCACCACCAGUGAAAUCUCCACCACCACCAUACCAUUACACUUCACCACCACCACCGGUGAAGUCACCACCCCCACCUUAUCACUACACAUCACCUCCACCACCGGUGAAAUCUCCUCCACCACCAUACCAUUACACAUCUCCUCCACCACCUAUUAAGUCACCACCUCCUCCAUAUCACUAUACAUCACCUCCACCACCAGUGAAAUCUCCUCCUCCACCAUAUCACUACACAUCACCACCCCCACCCGUGAAAUCUCCACCACCACCAUACCAUUACACUUCACCUCCCCCACCUGUAAAAUCCCCUCCACCGCCUUACCAUUACACAUCACCACCACCACCGGUGAAAUCUCCACCCCCACCAUACCACUACAGUUCACCUCCUCCACCGGUAAAAUCCCCACCACCACCAUACCACUACUCAUCACCCCCACCCCCCGUGAAAUCUCCACCCCCCCCAUACCACUACACCUCACCUCCACCACCAAUUAAGUCACCACCACCACCGUACCACUAUACAUCACCACCACCACCGGUUAAAUCCCCACCACCACCUUACCAUUAUACAUCACCUCCACCACCCAUGAAAUCUCCACCUCCUCCAUACCAUUAUACCUCACCACCACCACCAGUUAAGUCCCCACCACCACCAUACCAUUACACCUCACCUCCUCCACCAACUAAGUCCCCACCACCACCAUACCACUACACAUCGCCUCCUCCACCAGUUAAAUCUCCACCACCACCGUACCAUUAUUCUUCACCUCCACCACCAGUUAAGUCCCCACCACCACCAUACCCACUACACGUCACCUCCACCACCUGUGAAAUCUCCACCACCUCCAUACCACUACACCUCUCCCCCACCACCAAUUCCCUUAACUUUGUUGUUUGCAAGAUACAACCAUGUUUUAUUUUUCAUACGAGUUUCAUAAAGAAGGUUCCUCAAGGAGAUGUUAGAAAUUUGUUCUUUCACAACCAUUUCAUUGUAAUAAGGUCUUAAACAUUGCACUUCACAUCAUCAAUGUUUUUGUUGCAACCAUUUCCUUUUGACAUCGACGUUGUGGGUCAUACUAUCCUUGAAAAAGAGCUCGAAGGAAUAUAUACUGGAAAUGUAAGAAAAAGUUCAAUUGUUUGUCGCCAGAAAAGGGUGAUAAGAGUAUUGUGGCUUUAAUAUUUUUUCUUUUCAAGUUUCAUAUUUAUAUUGUAUAAAUGGAUAGCUAAUGGUUAUUUUAUAUUUAUAUAUUAUUGGAUUAAUCUUCUUAUUUCC